CGCCCUGAGAGCAUGGUCCCAUGUGCAGCCCUGGCUCCUCGCACCCAGCUCCGCUGCCAGCCGUGGUCCCUGCCACCACCCCAUGUUCCGCUCGCGCCGUGCCGGACUGGUGAGGCGGCUGUGGCGGCAGCGCUGUGCAGCGGCCAGCCCCGAGGACAGCCCCGGAGCCCUCAAACCGGCAGCGCACGCCCUCUUCAAGAAGCUGAAGGACGAGGAGCUGGAGCUGCUGGUGCAGGCGGUGGAGAGCCGGGGCGCCUGGGAGUCCGGCUGUGUCUGGGCACCGCGGGGGGAGCUGCGGGGGGCCAAGCAGGCGCUGCCCCCCCAGGUCCUGCUCUGCCGUCUCUACCGCUGGCCUGACCUCCGCCAGCCCCAUGAGCUCAAGCAUCUCUGCUACUGCACCAGGGGCCGGGGGGGCUGUGGGGACGCAGCUGCACUCUGCUGCAACCCCCACCACUUCAGCCGCCUGGCUGCACCUGAGACCCCUCCACCCCCCUACUCGAAGGCGUCCUGCGGUCCCUCCUGGCCAGACGAGCCCCAGCACCCCGGCACCCAGUUCAUGGAGUUCAGCUACAACGGUGGCGACUGGCGUGACACCAGCCUCUCACAGAGCACUGUUAAGGACAGCUACUGGUGCAAACUGGCUUACUGGGAGCACCGGACACGUGUGGGCCGCCUCUACGCCGUGCAUGAGGCGUCGGUGAACAUCUUCUGCGAGCUGCCACAGGGCAGCGGAUUCUGCCUGGGCCAGUUGCCAGCCACCCACUGCAGCCGUGCUGUCCAGCGGGCACGCGGCAAGAUCGGCUGGGGGCUGCUGCUGAGCCGGGAGCCGGGUGGCGUGUGGGCUUACAACCGCAGCGAGCACCCCAUCUUCGUCAGCUCGCCCACCUUGGGGCCCCCCAGUGCCUGCGGGCUCACCGUCCUCAAGGUGCUGCCUGGCUACUCAGCGAAGGUGUUCGACUACGAGCGGGUGGGGGGUGUGGGGAGCCUGCGGCUCCCUGGGGAGGGCCCCUGCGACCCCCACAGCAUCCGCAUCAGCUUUGCCAAGGGCUGGGGGCCCUGCUACUCCCGGCAGUUCAUCACCUCCUGCCCAUGCUGGCUGGAGGUCCUGCUGAACCGGCCGCGCUGAGGGGCUGGGGCUGGCAGGGGGGUGUGCUAGGGAGCCCCCCCCCCAAGUGGGUGCAAGGGGGGCACAAGCUGGGGGGCCCCUCUGCCACCCCCCCAGCCUCUCUCUUCCAGGGCUGCACUGCAGCAGGGGGGCCAUCCUGGUCCAGGGGACCCUCGCUGGCACCCUCUGCCCCAUCCCCAGGAGGGGUCCAGUGUCCCCCAUGCCUGGCUCACCACCCUGCCAGCACCUGCUGUCCCCGGCCAUGGGUCUCUUGCUGAUGCAGGAUACUAUUUAAUCUCUUUCUCUCUUUUAUUUUUAUGGUUAAAUUUAUUUUAAUUUAUCUUA